GUGAUGAGUAUAUAUGAGUAUAUAUGAUUAUAUAUGAUGAGUAUAUGUGAUGAGUAUAUGUGAUGAGUAUAUAUGAUUAUAUAUGAUGAGUAUAUGUGAUGAUUAUAUAUGAUGAGUAUAUGUGAUGAGUAUAUGUGAUGAGUAUAUGUGAUGAGUAUAUGUGAUUAUAUGUGAUGAGUAUAUGUGAUGAGUAUAUGUGAUGAGUAUAUAUGAUGAGUAUAUACACUAUAUUGCCAAAAGUAUUUGCUCACCUGCCUUGACUCCCAUAUGAACUUAAGUGACAUCCCAUUCCUAAUCCAUAGGGUUCAAUAUGACGUCGGUCCACCCUUUGCAGCUAUAACAGCUUCAACUCUUCUGGGAAGGCUGUCCACAAGGUUUAGGAGUGUGUUUAUGGGAAUUUUUGACCAUUCUUCCAGAAGCGCAUUUGUGAGGUCACACACUGAUGUUGGACGAGAAGGCCUGGCUCUCAGUCUCCGCUCUAAUUCAUCCCAAAGGUGUUCUAUCGGGUUGAGGUCAGGACUCUGUGCAGGCCAGUCAAGUUCAUCCACACCAGACUCUGUCAUCCAUGUCUUUAUGGACCUUGCUUUGGUCACUGGUGCACAGUCAUGUUGGAAGAGGAAGGGGCCAGCUCCAAACUGUUCCCACAAAGUUGGGAGCAUGGAAUUGUCCAAAAUGUCUUGGUAUGCUGAAGCAUUCAGAGUUCCUUUCACUGGAACUAAGGGGCCAAGCCCAGCUCCUGAAAAACAACCCCACACCAUAAUCCCCCCUCCACCAAACUUUACACUUGGCACAAUGCAGUCAGACAAGUACCGUUCUCCUGGCAACCACCAAACCCAGACUCGUCCAUCAGAUUGCCAGAUGGAGAAGCGCGAUUCGUCCCUCCAGAGAACGCGUCUCCACUGCUCUAGAGUCCAGUGGCGGCGUGCUUUACACCACUGCAUCCGACGCUUUGCAUUGCACUUGGUGAUGUAUGGCUUGGAUGCAGCUGCUCGGCCAUGGAAACCCAUUCCAUGAAGCUCUCUGCGCACUGUUCUUGAGCUAAUCUGAAGGCCACAUGAAGUUUGGAGGUCUGUAGCGAUUGACUCUGCAGAAAGUUGGCGACCUCUUCGCACUAUGUGCCUCAGCAUCCGCUGACCCCGCUCCGUCAGUUUACGUGGCCUACCACUUCGUGGCUGAGUUGCUGUCGUUCCCAAACACUUCCACGUUCUUAUAAUACAGCUGACAGUUGACUGUGGAAUAUUUAGGAGUGAGGAAAUUUCACGACUGGAUUUGUUGCACAGGUGGCAUCCUAUCACAGUUCCACGCUGGAAUUCACUGAGCUCCUGAGAGCGACCCAUUCUUUCACAAAUGUUUGUAAAAACAGUCUGCAUGCCUAGGUGCUUGAUUUUAUACACCUGUGGCCAUGGAAGUGAUUGGAACACCUGAUUCUGAUUAUUUGGAUGGGUGAGCGAAUACUUUUGGCAAUAUAGUGUAUGAUGAGUAUAUAUGAUGAGUAUAUGUGAUGAGUAAUAUUCAGGUUGUGUGUCUGCAGUCUGAGUAAAGCCUGAUGGUGUUAGAAUCAUGCACUCUGAAUUUAACGGUUAUAAAUCUUAUAUUUAUGCUUUUUUAUUACUUCAGUGAUGUUUUAUUGUUGAAUUAUAUUCAUUUAAAAUGAUGUUCCAGGACUUUAUUUCAUUUCAGGCUGAAAAUCUUUGUUUCGAUCACAUUUUAUUUUCGAUUCAGAUAAAAUAUCAGAACACAGGAGCUCAGAUUGAUUUCAACACAAUUUCAGUCUGAUUUUAUUACACAACUUUCCACCCACAGUGACACACACUUCUCCCCCAGCGACACACACUUCUCCCCCAGCGUCACGCACUUCUCCCCCAGCGACACGCACUUCUCCCCCAGCGUCACACACACUUACACACCACACACUCCACCUGAUAUUCACUACAUUAAAAUUGAUUUAUAUUUUAUUUGUAAUUCUGUGUCCUGAUUAAACACAGAGCUGUAGAGAGAGCACAGUGGAGUUCUGUAACCGAGUUCUUCAGCCUCCUCAGAGAGCUGGGAUUGUGUGAAGUUGUAUAACUGCUGGACGUGUUUAGAUGUACAGAGGGAUUGGAGAGAAUUAAAAGUCCACAGUUGCAGCAUGCUGACCUGACCUCCACUAAAAAUAGAAACUUCUGUCAGUUUUUGCACUUCGCCUUGUUUUUUUUUGUUUUUUUUGUCCCCUUCAGUGUGCAGUGGAGUGAAGUUGUGUAACUCAUUGUGUAUUGUGUUGUGUUAACAUGUGACAUUCUUUUCAAUAAAUCUGGAUGAGAACUCGGUCCAGGUCUUUAAUCCCCACGCCCCUCCUCAGCCUCUGUGUGGAGGAUAAAACCUUCCUCAGACUCUCAGGAACGCAGCUUCUCUCUCAGACCAUGUUUCUCCUGCGGUUCCUCAGCAGCUUCUUCACAGCGUUGAUCUCAGACAAAAAGAACGAAAAGAAGGACAAAAAGAAACUGAACACAGACACAUAUGACAUCUCUGGGUUUCAGCGGGGGGAUCUCCUGGAGGUUCCCCGAACACUCUUCACACAUUUUGGGAUCUAUCUGGGCAACAACCGUGUGGCUCACCUCAUUCCUGACAUCCUUCCCGUUAUCUCGGCUGAUGACGGCGCUAUCUCCAAGAUGGUGACCAACAACCGGCUGAUUCUAGGCGUGAUCGCCAAAAAGGCCAGCGUUCGUGUGGAUUCCGUGGAGGACUUUGCGUACGGAGCCGAGAUUCUGGUGAAUAGCAUGGACAGGGUGUGCAGUCGGCCGCCGCUCCAUGGUGAAGAAGUGGCCAGGCGAGCGGAGAAGCUCAUGGGAUUCAUGGACUACAGUCUGCUGUGGUUCAACUGUGAACAUUACGUCAUGUUCUGCAGAUACGGAGCCAGCAUGAGCUUUCAGACCUACCAGUUCUGUAAAAGAGUCAGGAAGGUGGUGUUCAGUUGGACCAGCUCCUUCCUCAGUCUGGUGUUGUGUUUGUUCAUCACGGGGUUUCUGGGCAGCGUGUCUGUGUGUGGAGUGUUACCCACUCUGAUCGUCCCUUUCACCAUAUGGAUGGCAUCAUGAGUUUAACACCAUGUUCCUCUCACUACUGAGCUCCAAUAGAAAUGUAGUGUGGAGUUUAAAAUCUACAUCAUGUUGACAAAAAAGUUCAGCAACUGUACAAUAAACACAAAGUGGUCAGCACUGGGUAGUGUUCGUUCCUCACAGUUCCUGUUCUGACCCCGAGCUCGGGUUAUUCUGGGUUUCCUCUUAGUUCUCUGGUUUCCUUCCACCUUCUAAAGCCAUGCCCGUGUGUGGACUGGUUAAGACUCUGGAUUCACCUCCACGUUGACCUGGUUAAAGUCCGUUAAUGAAUCCAAUGUUUCUGAAGAGUUAUAGAAUAUUUUAGUGUCUCUGUCUCAGCUCACUGUACAUUAUACUCUACACAGUCUUUAUACUGAGAAUACCAUCAUGUGUUUGGAAAUAAAUUAUUAGAUCAGUGUGCAUAAUUUAUAGAAUUUAUUUCUUUACAUAUAAAGAUGGCUUUUUGGACUCCGCUGUAUUUAUGAUUUUCAACAUUUUGAAUAAAU